UAAGUGGACACUGCUUGACAUCUUUCAUUGAUCUUGAGGGAAAAAUUUUGUUUUCGGAAAUGAUAAUAUUCAUCCUAUUAUCAACAAUAACAGUGUCUGCAGUACCAGUCUGUCCUAAUGCCCUUCCUCCCCCGCUUUCACAAGGAGGAGCUGCUCAAGCUCAACGAGUUGUUGAAGUCACUAACCAGCAAUCUGUUGCUUUUACACCGGCCCCUCUUUCCCCUAACACUGAUCAACCACAGCCUGGGGUCCCUGAGCAGCCAGGUCCCCAUUGGGUCCCCCAGCAGCCAGGUCCCCAUUGGGUCCCCCAGCAGCCAGGUCCUCAGGGGGGGCCCCAGUUUCUGCUUCCAGCACACCACUACACCUGGCCUACACUAGCGGGCAGUCCAAUGAUUAUCCCUCUGCAGCCAGGCGUCUACGGAGCUCAGCCUGCUAACCAGCCAACACUCCCACAGCAGCCUCUGAUUUUCCCUUCUUAUAGCUACUUCCCCCUUUUCUCAUCACCCUAUAGGAAUCAGCUGAUCUCCCCAUAUGGAUUCCCAAUGAUUCUUGAAUCCCCUCCUCCACAAACUUCAGGAAAUCAACCUCAUAACAAUCACGUGUUACCUGUAGAAACACCUGGAGCUGGUCCUCCAGGAGAUGUACCUCAGCAAGUGCAGCAACAGCAGAAUCCCCAAGUUGUUUACAUGCUCCAGCAACCCAAGGGCUCUACACUUGGCAGCCUGAGCUCAGAGGAACUCCAGAUGGCAGCUGAGAUGGGCCGGCUGGGCGUUUACCUGACCACCCUGCUCACCAACUCACCAUCUGGAGCCGUUCAGCCUGUGAAUCAGGCCGCUGGGCUUGCAAACUCAGAGCAGCAAAGCAUCCAGCCAACGGUAGCUGGAGGCCAGCAGACACAGGGGCCGGCAAGCUCUGGACCACAGCUGAACGCUAACAGCAGCCCUGUAGGGUUGGAGGCAGCAACUGUCCAAACACCUAUUGAAGCCAAACCCACUCAGGGAAACCAUGUCUGAGACUGCAGCCACUGGCAAAGACAACCCACAACAUACUCAGAAAACCCACAUUACUGAUAAUAACUGAAUAACAAAUGAUGUUUCUUAUUAUCUUUAUCUUAGCAGUUAACAAAUUGUGAACGUUAUAUCACAAUUUUUCAUUUUGAUAUUGUCAA